UCCCCACAGCACGGGUUUGACCGUCCCAUCUCUGUAGAGGGAAGCGGAAAUAAACGUCGCUAAGCUUAUGCUAACAGCUACAGUCAGGCUCCGAGGACGGGCUGGAAGCGAUACAUGACAAACAUCGGCUGCUUUGUACCAACAAACAGACAGCGAGACGCGGAUAACAACUCGGCAGGGAUUUAUUUGUUACGGUGGUAACGUCGACACGGAAUAUCUCAAGUGGAACCUCGCUGCGACCUUUAUGUAAGGUCAAAGCCCUAAAGCAACGGGUCACAGACGGGAGGAGAGACUCGGAGAACAGCAUCUGGCCUCAGAAGCCGGGAUAAGCGGUGUUUUUAUUUUUUAUUCAGUCCCCCCCAAUCGCAACUAGAGCCAAGACGUUGACUGGCACGCAAACCAUGGAGGCCAUUGCCAAAUACGAUUUCAAAGCAACUGCUGAUGAUGAGCUGAGCUUUAAGCGUGGAGAAAUCCUCAAGGUAUUAAAUGAAGAGUGCGAUCAGAACUGGUACAAGGCAGAGCUAAAUGGAAAAGACGGCUUCAUUCCCAAGAAUUACAUAGAGAUGAAAGCACAUCCGUGGUUUUUUGGGAAGAUCCCUCGAGCCAAAGCAGAGGAGAUGCUCAACAAACAAAGGCAUGAUGGCGCCUUCCUCAUUAGAGAAAGUGAGAGUGCACCGGGCGACUUCUCCCUCUCUGUCAAGUUUGGGAAUGAUGUGCAGCACUUCAAGGUUCUCCGUGAUGGAGCCGGGAAGUAUUUCCUAUGGGUGGUGAAGUUUAACUCCCUCAACGAGCUGGUGGAUUACCAUCGUUCCACCUCUGUCUCCCGUAACCAGCAAAUCUUUUUGCGAGACAUCGAGCAGGUCCACCAGGUAACAACUGUCACGCAUCCCACAUACGUGCAGGCGCUCUUUGACUUCGACCCCCAGGAGGAAGGAGAGCUGGGUUUCCGACGCGGCGACUUCAUCCAAGUCCUGGACAACUCUGACCCCAACUGGUGGAAAGGCGGUUGCCACGGCCAAACGGGCAUGUUCCCCCGCAACUACGUCACGCCUGUCAAUCGGAACAUGUGAAACAGUCCCACCAUGUAAACGGCAACACCACCACCACCAUCAUCAUCAUCAUUCUAGGUCUCAUCAGCCCCCUCCCCUCCAUCUGAUCCCCAACCAGCCCCUCCACCUCCUCGUGGCCAUCACACAAUAACAGGAGCAGACAGGAAGAAAGCAAACAAGCGAAAGUGAGAGAGAGAUAAGACGGAAGUGCUGUCGUAGGCGGUGCUUUGUGGGUAGGUGGCAGCUGAGCAUAAUCAACCUAAAACUUGCAUUGAGGUGAAUGCCUCAGUGAGGAUUCAAACUGCCUCUUGAGGGAAUCAAAAAAAAAAGAAACGAAAAAAAAAAGCAUAGUGCAACCAAGCGUGAAGAUAACCAAAUGAUUCAAGCGCUACAACUCCCACAGUUUCUGUCUUCUCCUUAACUUCUUAACAUUCUGCCUUCUUGUGUUUUCUUUUGGUUCUCCUUUUGCCGCAUGUUGUUUUAAUGCCUCUGUUUUUAAUGGGGGGGGAGAAAAAAAAAUCUAAAAAAGAAAUGCUUUUAAAAAUGUACAAAAAAGAAGAGAAGUGAUGCCAUACGCAGCAAGUUUCCAUGUCUAAGAUGAUUGGCCAAUGAGCAUUGUACAUCGGCCUCUGGCUGUAUAAAUAAAUCAACUAUAGAGAGAAUCCAUUUUUUAAGAAUAUAUAUUAUAUAUUUGUAUGUGUUUGUCUGUAUUACCUUCCAUCACACAUUGUAUUAUUUUCCAUUUGUAAAUUAUGUUGAAUCCUUUGUUAGUCUGGAUAAGACCUGGUAGCUCUCGAAUGUGCCGAAUUGUCCUUCAAGUUUCUAUCUGAGCCAGCUCAGAUACACAUGGCGUGAUAUUCAAGGGGGACGGCAAUUCCCAUUGAAUUGUUUGUUGUUGUUGUUGUUGUUUUUGUUUUUUUGUUUUUAUACGAGGAAGUCUAGUUAGAAUCCAAUCCUGUCGGGAAGCUCCUGUUGACCAGCAAGUGAGAUGCAAGAUGCAAGCCCUGCAUGAGGUCAUCCACCUUUUCCCCCCCCCAAAGGCGAUGUAUUUAUUGCAGCCAUUUUGACUUGGGCACCGAAUGUAGCUGACUGAGUCUACAGACAUGACCAUGAGGGAAGCAGGGCCGGAGAACUCAACCACACGACCGUGCAAGGGAUUUUAAAAGACACGCUGUCAUGUUAUCCAUAUUCAUUGACAGAGGGGGGGCGGAGUCUGCGCCUCAUGUGCAGGUAGUCGGCGCUCUCCUCGUCAUACCUGAGAUUGGAUAAUCAGCAACUGGCACAGAUUAACAGUUCCAAAAACUGAGAGAUUCUUUUUGUUGUUGUUGUUGAGAGAUCAGUUGAAAUGAUAUAAAAGAUUUUGGUGUUUUUCAUUUUUGUCAAAUGUGGUGUCCAGCACUUUUUUUUUUUUCUUCUUUUUCUUGGUCAAAGAUUUCGAUCUCCAUUUUAGUCCAGUUUGUUGUUUGCUGGUUUCUCGCUCUCUCUGGAUAGUGCCUUUCUCUCUGGUGUUUCAGCGUUUCCCACCCACAACUUUGAGCCUGCACUAACACCCCCGCCCGCCAUCC